AUGUCGGACGAUGGUGAUGAAACUUGGGAGGAUGUCACGAGCUCGAGCAAUGUGGAACAUUUCGCCCGUUCCUCGAGCCCAGCAGGACAACCACGGUCCAAUGCGACCUCACCUAGAAAACGGCGCGCACCCGGAGUCACUGUCGCCGCCCAAAAACGACCACAACAAAGGUUGAAGAGUUCAACAAUCCCCAGUUCUGGAGAAUCUACACCGCGAUCAUCGCGUGCUCCCCGCGAACCAUUGGUCGACUGGGAGGAAGUUCGACAUAAUUCUGCGAGGACGGCGAUAUCUGGGCUCAAGUUUCUUCUAUGGGAUGUAGGGAGGAUAUGCAUUGUCUUGCUGAAAUGGCCGGCCGCCAUCGCGAUCGUCCUCUUCAUCCUCAGCUUGAUCGUAUCACAGAUCUCCCAGACAAUUCGCACCACCCUUUCACCACUCUGCGUUGUACCAGGCUUUGGCUUUAUCUGCGCCCCUCCACCAUCAAUAUUCCCAUCACCCGCCACACUUUCUCAAGACGGACAACCUGUCCAGGCCCUUCCCAAAUGGGCUGAUUACCCGAGGUUGAUGAAUGUUCAAAGCAAGAGCUUCGAGACUUUGUUAGAGGAGGCGGUCGAUGGCCCCGGGCUCGCUCUGGAGAUCAAGAAGGCGGAGAUGGCUACAUCGGACUUGGCUACGCUGGUGCGAGUCAGUGAGCUGAAAAGUAGGGACAUGUUGGCGGCGUCCUUGGGAGACUUCGUAGAAGAUGCGAGGAAAGCUGGGAGAGGCUUGACGAGGUUCAGCUCGAAGGUUGGCGGAGCAGUCGACAAUGUCCUCGCGGUCAAUGAUUAUGCACUUCACGCUAUAGAAGCUGCCAACUCCAAGUCAACAGGACUCUCGUUAUGGCCCUUCUCCAGUGCCCCCUCUACAGCAGUUGUCAUGGGUACUUUCACCGAAGCCAUGAACACCCUAUCCGUCAACAUGAACCGCCUCAUCCUCGAAGGCGAAGUUUCUCUCCAGGCGCUCGAAAAACUUGAACAGCGCCUCGCCACACUCUACGAACUAGUGACGCGUGAAGACUCCUCCCUCACCUCCGAAAGGGCCGAGAUCCUCGCCAGCCUGUGGACCAUGCUGGGAGGUAACAAGAACGAAUUGAGGCAUGUGGACACGCAUUUGGAUUUGUUGAAGAAUUUGGGAGCGUAUAGGCAGAGGGCGUUGGCACACGUGGUGGCCGCACUACAGACAUUGCAAUCGAUGAGCGACGAUAUGGAGGAUUUGAGGGAGAGGGUGGCAGCACCUGAAUUGGUCGGCGAGAGGAUACCCGUGGAAGUACAUAUCAAGAGUAUUCAGGGUGGUCUUGAGAGGUUGAAGGAAAGGAGGUUGAAGGCGAAAGAGCAGGAAGAAGAUAUUGUCAACCGCAUCGUGGUGGGGAUUGAGAGGGAUUGA